CCUACCUCCAUCCCCUUUAUCCACGCUUCUUCAUUAAGAAGUUUUCCCCUAUUCGAGAAUCUAAGUUUAUUCUAUUCCUCUGUCAAGUUUUGACUGACACAGCAGCGUGGGCCGUACUUUGCAAAGUACACUUCAGCAGACAAACUGUGGGCUUAUCACUGAGGGCUUAGAACCGUUGGUCUAUUGCAAUUCUGUUCUAUAGGAACACUUCGUGGGUUUCAUAGUACAGACCAUUGCAUACCUUCUAUCUGUCUCUUGUGGGCUUGAACACUGUCCGUUGUGGGUUUACUUGUGGGUAUAGAGUUCCGUUCUGGGGGCUUGUCCAGGUUGCGCAUCAGUAACACUUGGAUAUCUUCACAAAAUCGGGUAUUGAGGGAGCGUAGGUUUUUGCCGCACGUCUUAUUUUUGGUUGCAAAUCAUACUCUUUCAAUUUCUCUUGUAAUACAUUUUUUCGAACAAAGGUUCGAAGGGCGCCAACAAGGCCGCCGAGAAGUCGUUGAGCAAGGUGAAGGAUGCUGGCAUCACCAAGCCAUCUUCCACCCCCAAGGCAAAGAGCAAAGAGAUUGCCCGUAAGCUCUCUGCCAAGGAACAAAAGCUUCAGCGCAAACUGAAGGAGCCGACACCCAGCAGCUCCGAAUCUGAAAGCGAUGAGGAGAUGAGCUCAUCUAGCUCUUCCGAUAGCGAAAGUGAAGAUGAGGUGCCUGUUAAGAAGGAAACAAAGAAGGAUGCCAAGGGCAAGAAAGCUGCAGAGUCCUCCGAGUCUGACUCUGACUCUGACAGCGACGAGGAGAUGGAAGAUGCCAGCUCUUCCAGCAGCGAAGAUGAGAGCGAAGUCGAGAAGAAGCCCUCUAAGAAAGGAGAUGCUAAGGGGGUGAAGAAGGCUGAAGUCAAGUCUUCUGAGUCUUCAUCCGACUCUGACUCCGAUGAUUCCGAGUCCAGUGACUCGUCCUCUGACGAGGAAGAAGCUCCUAAGGCUUCAGCUAAGAAGCAAUCUAGUGAUAGCGAAGAUUCCGAUUCUGACUCCGAUUCUGACGAGGAGUCUUCGGAUGAGAAGAAACCGAAGGAGGCUGUUACCAAGGCCGACGCGAAGAAACAAUCCAGCGAAAGCGAGGAAUCUGACUCUGAUUCUGAUUCUGAUUCUGAGUCUGAGUCCGAAAAUGAGGAUGAGGCUUCUACUAAGGCCAAGAAGACAGAGAAGGCUAAAAGUGAAGCUUCCGAUGAAUCUGAAGACUCGGACGACUCUGAUUCUUCCGAUUCCGAUUCUGAAUCCGAAUCUGAGGAAAGUGAAGAGUCCACGAAGGAGACCUCCAAAAAACGCAAAGCCGAAGAGCAAACCGAAGCAACUUCUAAGAAAUCCAAGACCGAAACCCAGACCGGCGGAGAGUCUGCUAACCUUUUUGUGGGCAAUCUGUCGUGGAACGUUGACGAGGAAUGGCUGCGCCGCGAGUUCGAAGAAUUCGGAGAACUCGCUGGUGCCCGCAUUGUGACGGAACGUGAUUCUGGUCGUUCUCGAGGAUUCGGUUACGUCGAAUAUGCCAAUGCGGCUGAUGCUGCUAAAGCAUAUGAGGCUAAGAAGGACGCGGAGAUCGACGGUCGCAAGAUCAACCUCGACUAUGCCAGUGCUCGUCAGUCGAACAACCAACAGGGAAAUAACUUCAAGGAUCGCGCCCAGGCUCGCGCUCGUUCAUUCGGGGACCAGGCCAGCCCCGAGAGCGAGACGCUGUUUGUCGGCAACAUUCCGUUCAGUGCCAACGAGGACUCUGUUCGGGACCUAUUCGCAGAGAAGGGUGAGAUCCUUGGUAUCCGCCUGCCUACUGAUCCCGAGUCGGGUCGCCCCAAGGGUUUUGGUUACGUGCAGUUUUCGUCUGUGGACGAGGCGCGCAAAGCAUUCAAUGAGCUCAACGGUGCCGAGCUGAAUGGCCGGCCAGUGCGCCUGGACUACAGCACCCCGCGUCCCAGCAAUGGAGGAGCUGGCGGCGGCUUCCGGGGCGGCCGUGGUGGUGGCCGUGGCGGUCGCGGCGGUGCACGCGGUGGUUUUGGACGCGGCGGUGCUGCUGGUGCUGGUGUCAGCCGCAACCGGGGCGGCAUCCCUGAGUUCCAGGGCAAGAAGGUUACCUUCUAAGGUAGGUUCCGUUGGCAGCGUACCGUGCUGCUGGGUCUGUUUGAUUUGAUUUCGUUCUCUCUUGGGGGUUUGACAAAAGUUGUAUGUUUAUGUGUGUUUUCUCUUUAUUUUUAUUUUUAUUUUUAUUCUUUAUUUUUUUCUGAAUUUCUAGGGAAAUUGAUCUAUGCAGUGAGGUCGUGAUAGAUAGACUGUGCUGCACACCGCUAGGAAUAAUAAUAAACUCUGUGUGAG